AUGGCCAGCGAGAAGGCUUCGGAGGUCUUGAGCCAAGGCCUCUUCCGAUCGGUGGAUGGGCAGGAGGUGCUGAGAGGCUUCGGCUCCGUUUUCAACGUGGACGUGCCUUUUGAGCAAAGUGCGCUGGUGGAAACUGAUGUCACCUCCCUUGCAGCAGAAGUUGACAUAUUCGUGAGCCAUUCUUGGUCAUCCAAUCGCUGGUCCAAGUACUUGGCUGUGUGUUUUGCGUUGAACAUGCGCAAUUCUGUGGUUGCCUGCGCCUUGGCGCUUGCCAUGCUGUUCUCAUAUGAUCUUCACUGUGCUGCCACGGACUCGAGUUGGUGCGCUGGCACUGGCUUCACAAUCAUGGUGUGCUUGUGCAUUAUGUUUUUGUUCGUUUUUGCGCUCUUCCUGGGACAGCAUCUGCUAUGUGGACUGUGGGGGCCUAAGUUGUGGGUGGACAGGCUUUGCAUUCUUCAGACUGACGACGAGCAAAAAGCACGGCAGAUCAACGCGUUGCCAUACUUUGUGAUGCAGUCGAAGCAGUUGCUCAUGCUAUACGACGAUUCGUACUUGCAACGCUUGUGGUGUGUUACGGAGCUGGCGGUCUUUGUGAAAUGCUCUGGUGCCGCACGGGUUCGGUUCUACCCAUUAUGGCUACCACGAUGGUUGCUUAUCACGCUGCUGCUGGAUGCCAUGCAAGUCUGUGUUUUUCUUCUUGUUAUGUGGCUUUUUCCGCAGACGUUGGCAGUGACUUCGUCCUUGGUGGGUAAUCGUGGUUGGAACCACUUUCUGGGCCCUGUUGUUGGUUGGGGCUUGCCAUGUCUUCCAGGAUACCUUCUUGUCCUGGCACCCUCCAUGUGGUCACUGAAAGACAAGGCGGUUGGCCACAAGCAAAUGCUGCAGCAGCUAGUGGCCUUCGAUGUUCGGAAUUGCAGCUGUUCGGACGAGUCGGACCGAAUCCUAUUGGAG